CAGUUUGUUAUGAAAUGGCAAUGAUCCAAAAAACUGAGUUAAUGGUGAAUGCCUGACCUAUCUUGACAGUGAUUCAGACAUGCCCCUUGUCCAAGGUAGAGUCCGACCUUUAGCUCUGAAGGAAAGCUGUGGUGUGUACACACUGCUGGAACAAAGUGUUCAACAUGAAAUUCGAGGCCAUCCUCGCCGAUAUCGGCGGAUUCGGGAAGUUCCAGAAGAUGAUCAUCGCCAUCAACUUCAUGAGCCGCUUCACGCUGCCCUGCCACUUCCUGCUCAACAACUUUAUUGCAGCUAUCCCAGCACACCACUGCCGCAUACCUAGUGUGGAUAGCGAAGGCAUCUUUGGGAAUCUGUCCCUGGCGGACAUGUUCACCAUCAGCAUCCCUCUGGAGGACGACGGAACACGGAGCUCGUAUGGAUGGGUGUAUGAUAACACCACCUUCAAGUCCACUAUGACCGCUGAGUGGGACCUUGUCUGUGAUAAAAGAAGUAGAACCAAAGCCUCAGCUACUGUCUUUUUCAUCGGCGUGAUGUUUGGAGCCUUGACAUUUGGAAGUCUGAGUGACAGGUUUGGUCGGAGGAUCAUGCUGCUGACGUCCUACCUUUCAGGAAUGCUGUUUGGUCUCGCAAGUGCUUUCUCUGUGUCCUUCCUCAUGUUUGGCGUGCUGAGAUUCCUUACCGGCUUUUGCAUGACUGGCAUUGUCAUCGUUUCUUCGGUUCUCUGUGUGGAAUGGGUGGACAUUGAGCACAGGAAGCUGGUUGGAAUCUUCGAAAACUUUUCCUGGACAUUUGGGAGUAUUACUUUUGUAGCCUUUGCCUACCUUGUGACCGACUGGAGGUGGCUGACUAUCAGUGUCACUUUGCCAGUCAUCUUGGGUAUUAUCACCUGGAGGUGGAUGCCAGAGUCAGCUCGAUGGCUCAUUGCCAAUGGAAAGCUGGAAGAAGCUCACUUGUGCCUCGUAAAAUGUGCCAACAUGAAUGGAACAGAGACAUUACUUCAAAGAAUUCAACCUGAGACGCUGUCAUCCGUUGUGGUGACAGAACAGAAAGGUCGAGUGUAUUCCUACCUGGACCUGAUUAGAACACCUAAAAUGAGACGGCUGUCCUUAACCACUGGUGUAAUAUGGUUCAGCAAUGCAGUAGCUUUCUAUGGCAUCACUUUCAACAUCAGCGGCUUUGGGCUUAAUGCUUACCUCACUCAAUUGUUGUACUCUUCAGCUGAAGUCCCAGGCAAAUUGUCCAUUUACUUCUUACUGGAUAGGAUUGGCAGAAAGCGCACACAGGUGGGAAUGUUGAUGAUGCUGGCAAUCUCUCUAGGUAUUAAUAUGGUGAUACCAAAAGAAAUGUCUAGAAUGAGAACAGCUGUGGCAAUCAUUGGAAAAGUCUUUGCCUCAGGAUCCUUUGGAACCACUAUCCUCUACAGUUCUGAACUUUUUCCCACGGUAGUCAGACAGAACGGGAUGGGAUACAACUCUUCCUUGGCCCGAAUGGGUGUGGCCAUCGCUCCGCUGAUCCUUUUACUAGAUGAAAUUUGGCAGCAGCUCCCUCAGCUCAUCUUGUGCUUGUCGGCUGCUCUGGGGGCAACCAUGGCAUCGACCUUGUCGGAGACACGGAACAGGUGCCUGCCGGAGACCAUAGAGGAUGUCGAGGGGUCGGUACAGGCCAGAAGCUCAUUUUGGCUCUGAGUCCAUGUGAAAUAUUAUCUCUGAUUAUAAUUUGAUUGCAUCUGUCAAGUUUGCCCACCUGGACUGGAGGUACAGUACCUUUUUGUCUUUCGCUUACUAUCAGGACCAGGUUGUGGGGAUGAAAUCAUGGACUUGGUUAAAGCCAAUGUGAGAUUGUCAUCUUUGGUAAUUCAAAAUGCCACGAAA